UGUGUACGUGUGUGUGUGUGGAUCCAUGCGUGUGCACAUGUGUCUGUGUGGGUGGGUCUGUGUGUGUGCACACGCGUACUCUCCUUUAAGCUCACCCCUGGCCAAGCCUCUUGGAGCCCAGGGCUGCGCAGGUACUUUGUGGAGCGUUUAGGGGUGUUUCAAUCAAGUUGGAAACGGGCUGGGGAGGGAUGGAUUUGUUGUGACCUGGGGGAACAGGUAGAUGAUCUCACACAGUUGGUCAUCUACCGGGGCUCCCCUUGGAGGCAGGACACUGCUCGUUCACGCGGCCACUUGGCCCUGCCCACUUCCUCCACCCUGAUUUCCCACUGGACUUGCAGGGAUCGCCCCCAAUAGAUUCCGUCACCCAAGCCAUGCGCCUGGGCCUGCCUUUGGGUGUGGAUGGGGGGUGCCUGGCGGAGGGUGCUCUGAGCACAGGAGCGGAUGCCCAGAGGGUGUGAGUCAGGCACUGUGUACUUACACUUGGCAUUGAAGUAGAAUGGACAUCCCGGAAGGUGACAUGACAGGGAUUUUCACACCCACAGACGCUCACAAGAGAACUGCCCCCAGGGAGCCGUCCUAGAUAUCCCUCCAACCCUCCAGUCAUCCCCACUCCCCCGGAAGCAUUAUCCACUUCGGGCACUUUGUGUGGCCAGAAUGGAGACCCCUGCAGCUUCCUCAUGUGGCACUUCCUCUGCCCACCCUCCCAGCUCCAGGUGACCCAGUACCUCCAGGCACCAGCCCCCAGCAGCACCACUCAAGGGUUCAUGACAGAUGGGUCUGAGCAGGGCAGAGUGGCCCCAAGGACUCUGAGCAGGAAGGGAUUUAACACAGGGAAAGGGUAUCACAGGACCCAGGACGGGCUGCAGACUCCAGGCGGGCCUCCUGGGAGACUCAGGCACAGAGUGCUGCCCCACCAGGCAUCGUCACCACGGCAGCCCCCCUGGAGCUGUGCCGGGAGCAUAAAGCCACUAGGGCCACUGCACUGCCACUGCCUCGCACCCCCGGAAGCUGAGGAACAGACCCGCACAGCCGUGACCACCUGCGAGCCAGAUGAGCCAGGGGAAGCAGCCGGCCUGCAGCCACCCCCGAUCCAGCACACGGAGAACAUGGCAGGACAAGCUGGUGUCUCCGCGGGGUGUCCCCAUUGUCCCCAUGUCUCAUACACACUUGCCUGACGGGUGGCCUUCCCCACAUCCGGGACCCUGGCUGGAGUCUGGGAGGCGGCUGCCCACGUCCCGGCUGCCCCUGAGCAGGAGGCUGGCAGGGGAUGCACAGUGAGUUCUCUCGGUGGUCGGCUCGGCCCCAGCCCCCUGGGUGCAGCGAGGGGCCCCUGCAAGCCUGUUGAUGGCAGGUGAGCCGCGGUCCUCUCGUCCUAGCCGGCCUCAGGUCUGUGGUCCUCUGGGCAGGAAGUGUCUGGCAGGCCAGAGGCGGCUCCUGUGUGCGCCGAACAGCCGUGUUUACACGGGCGUCAGCUCGUGGCGCUGGCAGGGCUUCUGUUGCACCAGCCUUCGGCCCGCGUCAAAUGCCGAAUGCCGGUGCUGGGAACGGAAGUGGGAAAUGACAAGCGUGAGGCCCACUAGCAGCGGGCAGCAGGCCAUGGGUGUGGCCUCGGACGUGCAGGCCCAGGAAGGCCACCAAGGAGCAGGAAGGGCCGUGUCCUGGGAUCAGAGCCCAGGCCAGAGACCCUCCCCAAGGCUGUCACCCAGGAGGGGCGAUGAUGGGAGGCAACACCCUGAGAGUCUGCGGAUGGGAGCCGGCAGCUCUCCCGUGCACAGAGCACCGCAGGAAGCAUGGAAUCCGGAAAGAGCGAGGGUGCCGUGCGCAGACUUCCCGGCGGGCGUCAACCUCCUGUGUGGUCAGGAGUGCAGGCGCUGGGGCCGGAACCCUGGGCACUCGACCACAAUCCGCCGGGGCAGUGUGGCCAACACCUCCUCCUCGGAUGCCUCACAGUCACAGGCCCUGGUGAGGAGGGAGCCACGGCAGGCACAGUGGCUGGAACAGGGGCAAUAUCGAGAGUGGGUGGACCCCCACAGGACAGCCGCCGGGGGGAGACACGCGGCCCAUGACAGUAUCAAGGGUGGCAGGACCCCGGCCCUUCCUGAGGAUCUGGUUGUGGGUUUUGUCUCCGCAGCGUGCAGGGAUGGGUGCAGACUCCAUCCAAGGUCUUGGCAAGAAGAGAAACUGCCACCGCAGAGGGGCUGGCUGAGGGGCUGGGAUGGACACUCCGGGGUGCGGAGCCGCACACCAGCCCCUUCCACCCAGGCAGAAGGUCCAUUGCGCUCUGCCCCGCAGCCUGCCUGUUCCUAUGCCAGCCAGGGCACUCCCAGGCCCGUCUGCAGCCAGAACACAGCCGGUUCCGUGUGCUUGUCCUCAGGACCCAUUAAGAAUGAAUCCAGGCCUCGGUCCUGGCCUCCUCGCUGAGGCUGGACGCUCAGGCAUCCCCUUCAGCCCCUUUCUCUAGACCUUCCUGCUGAACAAAUGAAAACAUCUCACAGCCCUGCAACAGCCAGGAGCUGCUGGUGGAGCUCCAUGCCCGGCCGCAGAGAGAGGAGGCGCCCUGGGCAGCCCGCCAGCACCCGGGCUCCCACAGCGGGCGUCUUCUUCGGCUCUAUUUUGAAAGCUGUUCUUUCCACAGUGCCUUUGACAAGAAUCGAUUUGAGUGAGCCAGCGUGUCAAUACAGGCUAGCACAGGACUGGCCUCAGGGCCACAUUGGGGCGGGCGGCAACCAGGCCCUGGCUGCAGCCCACACCGGCAAAAGCAUGGCCAGGCAGGAGGUGGGACCUGUGAGGUUGGCUACAGCGACCGUGGGCGCUGGGUUCGGGGCUCCUCAGCCCUGAGAGGGGACCCAGGCCCAGGCGGGCUCCCAGCCUCCAGAUCUUCUCCCCUUGAGACCUCGCCUUCUGCACAGCGACAGCAAAGAGCCCCUGAGUCCCACUCUGCAGGGAUGUACUGCAUUUCCAGAAAGUUCCUUCCGGGUGCAGAGUGACACGUGAGCCCUGGGGACUCGCUCCGACUUGGUACUGAUUUUCUCCACGGAGGACCCCCAGUCACGGCCCGUGUCUGCACAGCCCCUCGGAUCCCGCGGAGGAAUUCAGCCGGCCCCUCCCCCGUGCGGUUCCCUGCUGUUCAGUCCGAAAACCAUGGAGGCAAAGUCGGGCCGGGUUCAGGCUCCAUGCAAAGUGCCCUUUGCAAGGUCCCCCUGUGGCCAAGCCCAGCUCCAUGAGGGUACAGUGAGAACACGGGAGAGGACUUAGAGACUGCCUGUCACCGCCGAGGGAGGCGGAGCGGGAUUCGCACCCCCGUCAUCGCUGGGCCCACACGCCGCCGACGGCUUCCGCGUGUGGCCAUCUGUCUCUCAGAAACCCUCUGGCAGAGGGACCCAGCAGAUGACUCGGGGGCUGUUCACACUCUGAAACCUGCUUGGAGUCAAAACACUACUGGAGAGCCUCCGCGGCAAACCCAACCCAGACAGUCUUCCAUGGUGGCCCCCGCAGUGGCGGGCACUCUGCCCACUCCCUGCCAGCCCCUGCCCGCUGGCCUCCAGGCCCGGCCGGGCCCCUGACCAGUCUCCUGACCCAGCAUGCUGC